AUGUUGCCCAUACAGUCUAUCGAGGCGCCUACGCCCUCCAAUACUGCAGAUGAAAAUGCAGAGGGUCGGCAGCAGAAACCCAAGACUCUCCCCUGUAAAUAUUGCAGCAAGCGGUUCAGCGAUCUCCUCGUACGCCAUGAGAAGCUUGUGCACCUCAACGAGGGCAGCAAAGACAGCAAUCGCUCUAGAAAACAGUCCUCGGGAAACCUGCAACCGAUGGCAGCGGACAUACGUGGCAACAACGAGGCCCUGAACGUACAGCAUCAAGGACAGCACUCCCAACAGCAACAGCCAUCAAGACCUCCACCACCGCAGUUCACCCCUGAGAGCAUGACAUCUUCAGUAGUCUCUUCUUUACAGACUGAUCCGCGACUGACGUCCAGACCUGGUUGCAAUCUUGAUCUCUUAUCGGAUGCAGCUACACAUCUUGCUUCAGCCAGCGAAGUAAAUCAGAUCCAGCAACAGUCCAUGAUGACUGAUAUGGGGCCCCAGCCUGGAAAUCUUCCACGCGCGAAGCCCUAUGACGACGGCUUGUCAUACCAGGAGCGUCCCCGAGAGCAAGACCAGAGCAUGAUGCAUCCGGGCUUCUCAACACAUCAGCAACCCCCUGCUGCGUCUUUUGAUGACUACAACCUAUUUCUCGACGAUAUGGGUACCUCGUCACAUUUCCUGCCACCAGCACUAGAGUCGGAGCAGUCUUUUGGUCUUUGGAACAGACAUGGGAGUGACUUGCACGUUCGAGGCUCACUGAAACCACCAGGGUCGUUCCCAUCAACGAGGUUCCCAUCGCUUCAACCGGAUGCCCAUGAAGGUUCCAGACUUCAUGAGGAUGGACUAAAGGCGCCGUUUUGGAAAAUUUCCGGUGUUGACUAUAAUGUCAUCAAGAAUCGACUGGACGAGUUUUCAUCGGUUAUUCCCAACGACUUUAUUUUCCCUUCUCGACAUACCCUAAUGAGAUUCCUCGAAGGCUACAAUGGCGGUUUUCACGAGCAUCUCCCCAUUCUUCACACUCCGACUUUGGCGCCGGCUGAGCUAUCUCCCGAGCUUCUACUUGCGAUUCUGGCAGUCGGUGCACAAUAUCGCUUUGAGAGCCAUAGAGGCAAUGCCUUGUGGUAUGCUUCCAAGGCUGUCGCCAUGGAGCAAAUAAGACGACGACAUAGUCAUGAGGUUCAUGGUUUGCUACCCACGCCCGCUGCAUAUAGCCCCCACUCCACGAGACCUUCGCCGAGUUCGGGCUACCGUCACUCGUUCAACUCGGUGCACCACGACAGACCCAUGACCCAGGAGACUCACCGGGAGCCGUACUCGCCAAACACACCCCAGUCUCGGCUUGAGACUAUUCAGGCGCUUAUACUCCUUUUUGCGGUGGGCCUCUGGGGGGCCAAGGCUAUCUUGCAUGAUGCUUUGUCGCUGCAGAGUCAGAUCGCUCUUUUGGUUCGCGAAGAGAGACUUGUUUCAGAGCCAGCACAGGCCGUUGACUGGGAGACUUGGAUUCGAAUCGAAGGUGCUGUACGCACCAAGCUGAUUGCCUAUUGCUUUUUCAACCUUUGCAGCAUCGCCUACAACACACCGCCACUACUUCUCACAUCCGAAGUCAACUUAACUCUUCCAAACUCUUCUCGACUCUGGCGGGCUGAUACCGCCUGGCAGUGGCAGGAGGCUAGGCAGUCAUACCCCAGUCUGGACGUCUCGUUGCAGGAUGGAUUCUCGAGACUGCUUAACCGACCAUCCCAGGGCGCCUUGAGCCACGUGUCUUCUUUAGGAAAUUAUGUCUUGAUACAUGCUUUGAUCCAGCACAUCUACCUCCUAAAGCAAACCUCGUUUGCUAUAGCAUCGCCAUUUGAGGUUCACCGUGGCUUGAAGGUUGAAGAUGUAGAGGAUGUGGCACAAGCGCUACGAGUCUGGCAGAUGGGUUUCGAGCAGCAGAUGCAAUCGAGAAACGCUGCCGAUUCUGCAGCAGCUGGCGGAACAAACCAUCCAUCGCAACAUCAGCAACAAAUAGAUGGCGGCUUUGGUAGUGGGGGCCCGGUUGCAUUCAACUCGACAGCCUUGCUCAGGCUGGCCUACUUCCGGCUCUACUCGGAUCUCAGUCCUUGCCGGACCCUGGAGACACGAGAUCAUCUGUUGGUAGCCAAUGACCUCGCCGAAGCGCCUCUGCCGUCCAGGAAUCCGAGACUACACAGAGCUAUUUACCAGGCCAUCCAUUCUCUCGCCCUUCUGGUCAAAGUCGGGGUCAACUACGUGGCUAGGACCAAGUCGUUGGAGUGGAGCAUGCAACACUCUAUAUGCAACCUCGAAUGCGCCGUUCUUCUCUCCAAGUGGCUUCUGACACUAGCCUCGAUUGGGCCCAACGAGCCGGCACCUUCACAGGAAGAACGCACCAUCCUCGACACAGUGCGAACCAUGGUCAAUGAGACCGAGUUUGCCGUACCGAUCGACCCUUCGCUUGCAUCGUCGGGGUCUUCACAACACACACAUCCGUCGACUACAGACCCGGCGAGGCUUCGGCAGCUUGCUGCCGCCGUCAUCAGACUUUGGGCUGAGACUUUCAAGGGUAGCCACAUAUUUGACAUCGUCAGAGUCAUGGCUCAAGGAUUGGAAGGAUAUGCCGAGCUGAUCGAGAAGCCAAGGGAUCGGACCCCACUGGGUAGGAUGGCACCGGGACAGGCUAUGGCUUGA